GGAGUCCAGUUUUGCGCGAGAGGCUGAGAAACGCAGCGAAGAGCGAAACUGCGGAGAUAAAAAGGGAAGGGGAUAGAAGACUUCGAGCACUAGAAAUUGUAGUUCUUCUGCUGUUCAUUGCAACACAAGUAAGAUGCCUUUGGGUGAUGACGGAAAUGCCUGGAAAAAGAAAACUUCAGAUAUUAAAGAAAUGUAUGACUUCAAAGAAGUUCUGGGAACGGGAGCCUUCUCAGAGGUCAUGCUGGCAGAAGAGAAACGGACACAGAGACUUGUCGCCAUAAAGUGCAUUCCCAAGAAAGCUCUGGAGGGGAAGGAGAACAGCAUAGAGAAUGAGAUUGCAGUCCUCCACAAAAUAAAACAUGCAAACAUUGUCACGCUCGAGGACAUCUUCGAGAGCAAAUCCCACCUGUACCUUGUCAUGCAGUUAGUCUCUGGAGGGGAGCUCUUUGACAGGAUUGUGGAGAAAGGUUUCUACACUGAAAAGGAUGCCAGCAAACUGAUUCGACAGAUCCUGGAUGCUGUCAAGUACCUGCAUGAUAUGGGUAUCGUGCAUAGGGACCUGAAGCCAGAGAACCUGUUGUACUACAGCAUGGAAGAAGACUCAAAGAUCAUGAUCAGUGACUUUGGACUGUCCAAGAUUGAGGGCUCUGGCAGUGUGAUGUCUACAGCCUGUGGAACUCCAGGAUAUGUAGCUCCAGAAGUCCUGGCACAAAAACCCUACAGCAAAGCAGUAGACUGCUGGUCCAUCGGAGUCAUUGCAUACAUUCUCUUAUGUGGGUAUCCUCCAUUUUAUGAUGAAAAUGAUGCAAAGUUGUUUGAGCAGAUCCUCAAAGCAGAGUAUGAGUUUGAUUCUCCGUACUGGGACGAUAUCUCUGACUCAGCCAAAGACUUCAUUGUUCACCUGAUGGAGAAGGACCCCAGGAAGCGAUACACCUGUGAGCAGGCAUUGCAGCACCCCUGGAUUGCUGGGGACACAGCUCUGGACAAGAAUAUCCAUGAAUCUGUCAGUGCACAGAUCAAAAAGAACUUUGCCAAAAGUAAAUGGAAGCAAGCAUUCAAUGCCACAGCUGUGGUGCGUCACAUGCGAAGAUUACAGCUGGGGACCAGUCAGGAAGGUCCAAGCCAGAACACGCCCACCAGCCCCUGCCAUGGUGACCUUCUGGUGCCUGAGGGCGAGGAGGAUGGAGGACCGCUCUGCGACAGCAGCUGCUCCAAGACUGCAGAUGGGAGUGAGGAGCAUGACGGGCUGCUGAACUGCACAUACCGCUGCCAUCCAGCCAGCCGGGUCUGAGCAGGAAGCUGUCAUUGUCAUUGUGACAAUCACUUUCACUGGAGCCCAGAACCCCAGUCUGGCUAGGAAUACAGAGUUAUUCCAGCACCCUCCAGCAGAGGGAGCUGCUGUUUAUAGAUUCCAGGGAUGGGGGAGGGACAUUAUGCCAAUGAAGAUGUAGGAUAUCGGGGCCCCUAAAAGGAAAAAGGGUGUUAUUGUGGCAAUAGGGUGAUUGUUUUUUUUUAUAAAUGUGUUUGGUUUCAUGAUUAAUAUUUUUUAUUUCCCCUUCAAUCAGUUUUUCCCAUAUUUUAAGAUUAUUGGUGUUUAACUUUCUGGAUCUAGAAUGUAUGCAUCUUUGAUUUAGGUGAAGUACUGGAGAUUCUGCUGUUCUCUCAUGCCACAGCAGUUGAAUGUCUGCUGCAAUGUACUAUGAGCUCUCCAUUUAGGACUGACAUGCAAAGAACAGAUGGUGUGAAAGAGUUGUUGGACACAUACCAUCAGAUCCUCUGUAAGUCUGAUACACCUGCUGCAAUGGCACUGCUUAAACAGGCAGCUCAGGUGGUGAGCUCCUAUAUUUUAAAAUGUCAGUUAAUCCAUUUUUUUUCGCUUGGACCCUUUUUUCCAUGACGUGUUUGAAGAUUUCAUUAAUAUUAGAUGUAAUAACAGUUAACUUCAGGGUGUCACUGGACUCAGUGAGAUUUUAAUUACAGGUUAAACGGUUUAACCAAGAACAUUUCACUAUUUAAAGUUUUUAAAGUACCUUCUUGUGUUAAAGUGGUGUAAACCUUUUAUCUCUUGGUGCCUUUUGAAUUGAAAAUAGCAAAUUACUGUUUUUGCUAUUUGUCUUUUUCAGAUCAACAGAUCAGAUCAGUUCAACAGACAUUCCUGUUCCUCCUGUUCCUCAUAUUUCAUUUACUGAAAGUCCAGUUUAUCUGCUAAGUAAACACAAAGAGACAUGCUGAAUGAUUUUUGUAAAAACAUUUACAACUCAGAACCAUUAGUUUUUACAAUUUAUUUUCUCUUCAGAUUUCAGACCCUUCCAAUGCGCAUCUAUCUAUAAAAUUAGUCUGAAAAUUUCCAGUCACUGUAGGCCCAGUUUAUUUUCAGUGCUAAUAUAAUGAUUUUCAGGCUGUUUAUGAAAUUCAGUACCUUGUCAAUCAUAGCUGCUUUUUUAUUUCUUAUUGUCUUGAGACAGUCAAUGCAGUGCCCAGAUACUGUAUAUUCUUGAUUCAGUAGUUUCAGCAUUUCUUCUACUAGGAAGUCUCAUUUCUCAGUUGAAAUUUUUGCAACAAGGUACAAAACUUGUGCAUGAAUCUCUUUGCCAAUUUACAAUAAAGAAAAAGCAUUUUCCUUUUUAGAGCUCAUUUCAUAGGGGAUUAGCUUCAUUUUCUAUGUUGCCAUUGGCUUUACCUUCAACUCUUGCAUAGCCCUGAAGUUUUGACAAUUUUCAUAUUCAUAAGAUGUAAAUGUCUUGCUGCUGAGGUUUUCUUUGCGAGAACUGGGAUGAUAUUUUUCACAUCAUUAAUUUCAGACUUUCAGAUGCAUUUAGAGGCAGCUAAGUGAAAAGAGCAAUUCUGAUGGUGCCUGAGGACACACUCAGACCUUGCGGGGCUCAUAUACUUCCUGUAAAGGAAGGAGAACGCUGUGCACACCUGAAAUUGAUCGGUCCUAAACAGAAGAAAUUUAGCAGCUAGCAUAAUAAAGACAUAGUAGUACGUUGUCCAGAGCCAUGAAAGUGAUCUUGAUUGCGUCAUGCAUACUCACAGUAAAACGCAAGGAACCAUUUUGUUUCAGUUAAUAUUUUAAUUCUUUGAUCUGAGAUAACAUUGCAUCUGUAUAAUUAAAGAUUAUAUUAAUGAUUUUAAACAUCUGACUGUCUCAUUUCAUCAUUUCCCCUUUGUGUUUCACUUGAGUUCCUGCUCAGUAAUUUGCAGGCAGAUAUAAAAGUUAUUUGAAUCCUGAAUUUUGAUCUUACUUGAUGCAUAUCAGGACAUUGUGAGAGUGUGAAUAUGUUAUCACUUGUAUUUUUUAUCUCUUUCAGAGAUUCAGACAAGUGCCAGUAACCCAAUACCAUUUAUCUUUUAUGACUUAUGAUUUACGCUCUCAACUUGUAGACUGCAAUUAGUAUCUUUUGAGCUUAAUGUUAUUGGAAUUAUUUUUUUUAAUUCUAUGCUAGAGAUGCAUUAUUUUUGGUGUUUCAGAGAUUUCUCAUCAUCCCUUGUUUUAUUGUACAUUGCUUGUAAUCUGUAUUGAAGUCUAGGCUCAAAGAAACACGUUAAAAAUUAAGAACCUCUUUUUAGUUAAAAAUAAUCUUAAUUAACUGGCCCAUGUAUGUUUUCAUUAGUGACAUCCUGGUUCCACAAAGCAGUUAUUUGUGCUUUAGGAGCUGGUUCUUUGACCCAAGUACCAGGGCCUGAAGGAUCUGUGCUAGCACAGGGAAUCUGAUUUUGUGCAUCUGUGUGAGUCUUCAGGAAGAAAAAAAAGUGCCAAACACAUUUACGGGGGAGAUGACACCAGAGCAUGCAAUUGUGGUUAGAAGGCUUUUUAUAAUUAUGAUUUCAUUUAUUCAUUGUCUGCCUACACACCACCUCACUGUCUGGAGCUCUUCUGUUAUAUGUUCAGAAGGUUUUUGUACUUGACAACUGCUGAGAAGCGUGGAGUCAUAUCCACACUUGCGUGCAGCUCUCACUGGGCACCAUCCUGCAUUCUUCAUGGAAAGACUCCCAAGAGGGUCAGGAGGAUUGGGCUGCCCGUCCCUGCCCUGAUUGGCACAGACCUGAGCCUGGCCUCGAGAAUAAUCAGUAUCUCAGCUCUCAUUCUUGUGGUAUCACUGGGAAAGAACAUACGGAUGUUUUAGCAUGAUCGUUUAGAGGAAGCUUGGUGCUUGCCAUAGGGUUCUGGGAAAGGAUUGGAUUUUACUUUCUCCUGCUAGCUAGGCCAUGUCCCCUGUGCUCAGUGCUCCAGUGGGAGCUCUGUUGAAUGUCCAUUGCCCAGACUCUUUAUUCUGCGUCAGACUGGGUCCUGAGGGGUUCACAACAUCUGCAUGCUAUUGCAGGACUUUCUGAAAUGUGGAAAAACAAACAAAAAGCUAAGGUCUCUAUUUUAUGGCUGUUUAUUGUAUAAAAAGAAACCUUUCUACUGCAUCACUUUAUAUUGUACAAAACUGAAACCUCAUGGUUGUUGCUGGCGAGUCUGUGGUGGCAUGCUGUUUGGCUGUGAGCUGGAGGACUCUGGAGUGUGGCUCUUUGUGCAGGAGGGGCCUGUUCAGGACAUUCGGAAGUCAGGCAUUGCAGCCUCUGCUGGGAUAUUCUGGAUUAGGGCAUCUGUGCACAUUGUUUUUUAAAUCUCAGAAUCAUCUUCUACACCAAAAAUUGAAAGUAUCUUAAUGCACAAGCAUUUACAGUAUAGGUUUUUGUCUGUAUAGAUGCUCAUGUGCACAUUUUCAAAAGAAAGGACCCCUUCAGUUCUUUUAUAUCUUAUUAUUCAUGAUGUAGUCUCAAUACAAUAACCUGAUUAUUUUUAAUUGUUAUUGCAUUUUUAAAAUCAGCUGGAAGAUAAUAUGCAGAUAUGUUCACAUCUAUCCAUCCAAAAAAAUGACUUUAGAAUUAUGGUGGUCCUGCUCUUUAAAGUGUGGAUGCAUUGAUUUUUUGUGCAACUGUUGGCAUUGACCAAAAAGUAUUUAAUACUGAGAUUUGCUUUGCAUUAUAUUUUAUACGUGGGUGAAAAAAAGAAAAUGUAACACAAAACUAUAGAAGAAGAGGUGCAUACAACUUUGUAUUGUAACCUCACACAAACUGCUUAAUUUCAUUGUAGACUAAAUGAGAGAUGUGACAAAGUACAGAAGCCUCCUCCUUCAGAAAGAGCUGCUUUGACUCCCUGUGAGAGUUUGUAGGUGAAUUCAUUUAUGCGCUUUUUGUUUGCUAAUGCUGUGUACCUCUUGUGGAAGAAGUAAUGAUCUAAUGUUUGCAUGACCUGGUUUAUACGUGUAAAUUAAUGAAAAAAAUAUUCUAUGUUGUCAAAAAUAUUGUGAAGUGAGGAAUUUUCACAUUAGAAGCCUUUUUGUGUUUGUGGGAAUCCAUAAAGAAACAGGAAUGCAGAGAAGCUGUUGCCUGGGCUGGUAUAAUAACACACUUACAGGUCAUAUCUGGCAGCAGUUCUGUAGUAUUUAUCAAUACUCUUUAUGUUAUAUUUCUACAUUUUCAUAUAGAUGAAUAGCAGGUUAUAAAGAUAAGUUAUAUGUACUGUUUCCAAUUCUGUUAGCACUAACAGCCCUAUUAAAACAUUCCAUUUCUUGUGGUGGCCAUUGUGAUUGUAUACAAUUUUAUUUUAAAAUGUUGACAAUAAAUGACUGAAUGCCUGUCACCAGGUUGCAGACAGUCUUGGCAUGAUGUGAAAUCUCAGCUUCCAUCUCAUUUUUUAUCUUUUUUUAGAUGUGUUUCAAACUUGUAAAUGUUGUUAGUAGUGGACUCUCUCUUCUGAGAACUAUGUUAUGUCUUCAUAUUAAUAUAAAAUCUGCUUCUUAAUUUCAAGAUCCACUAUGUGAGCAAAAGUGGCAGCCAGUGAAACUACUUUGUUGGUAUAGUUUAUUGAAGCACUUUAUCUCGAGUUUACUUCUCUCCCUUCUAAAAUGCUGAAAUGUUGCAGUGUGGCCAUCAGUAUACAUUCACCAUCUCCUCUUUCUCCUUUAGGAAUGUUUUCUUCAUUGUUUUGGACAGGUCUGGACUGCCAUUCAAACAGAAAUGCACCCUUAAUUUGGGAACAAAUUUAGAACAAGAUAAUCAUAUCAAAGUAGAAUACCUCCAACACCCAGGUAUUGACUUUUUCAUGAUAGGUCACAUUCAUGAAAGUAUCACUUUAUACAAUAACUAAAUUCACAGGGCUUGAUUAGUGUAGUUUUUUUAUUCAAUUUUGAUUUUUUUAAGGAAUCCACCAAAAUGUCAUCCCUACAAAUCAAAAGUGCCCCCAUAUAUUUUCAUGUUUGAAGAAUAUUUGCACAUGUAAGGCAAAGUCAUUCUUGCCUUAAAAUGAAAAUAAAUUAUUUAUGCAAAAUAUUUGUAAAGGGCUUUCUUGUUGGUUAUUUCUGAUCUGGACAUGUAUCCUCACCAUCCAGUAAAGGUGUUUUUUAAGCAAAAGUGCUUGGCUUGUGAACGUUCCUCUCUUUAAUUGCUUUUCUAUCAUUUUCCUUCCAUUUUUAUUUUGCUAAUUUUACUGAGAAAAAGUCAGUAUAUUAUAUAAAUACAUAUAUAUAAAUAUGUAUAUCCUUUUUUUGUAAAAGCUGUUCUGAGCUACUAAUGUAUGGAUGCAAUGCAUCGUGGGUUAUUGAAUAUUACUAUGGAUUACUGCUCAAUAUUAAAGCCAAUGAUUUGUACCUUUGAAGAUUUGUUAAUGGCCAAUAAAAUAAAAUUUCCUUGUCUA